AUGGUGGUUCGCGUGAAGAACUGCGAGCCUAUGGAUGAGAUAAUGUGUACUUUGCAAGCAUUACAGGUCUUACCACAUAAUACACUGAGAAUUCAUAAAAUGAAUGAAAGGUUUGCAUUGAAAGCUCAAACUGAGACCACAUUUGCCUUUCAUUUGUAUGGCUCGCGAGCACUGGAACUGUGUUUCGGACAGACAUUUGACUCUUUAAACGAUACGCGACUUAAAUUGAGAGUUAAGUUUCACGGACUCCAGCCCUCACUCCACUCAUUCACAAUGUUUUCUAGUCAAAUGAUCGCCAGAAUUGAUAUUCAGAGUAAUUUCAAUGUCGAGGCGGUUAAACCCGGUGUUACGCUCAACCGUUUUGUACAGCCAUUGAUGUAUAGUAAUAAUCGGCCAAUUGAGCAUAAAGUGCGGCCACUGGACAGUCGCGAUGUCAUACCACCCGCUCAACAGUUAUACGAAGCUAAAGGUCAGGUCUUGAGAGUUGGCUCUAAUUCAUUGCUAUAUGACCUGUCAUUUGGUCCUGAAUAUAUAUCAUUGGUGUGGAUGAUAUUCAACUCGGACACCAAGCAAUUUAUUGGGGCCGGAGUAGACCUACCCUCAUCAGUAACUAUACUAGACUAA